AGUUUCCGAAAUCGCAUCGGUGUCCUAAGGUAGGCAAAUGCGGAUGCCUCGGUGGGACAAUUUGGACGUGACCUCCCCAGUCGGCGGUUUUGAACUCUAUUUCGCUGCAGCUUUGUCUUUGACGGAAAGUAAGGUAGGUAAGUAGGUAUUUCAGGUGGCUUCUCCAAACCUAUUCCAACAGAGGUCCUAAAGUCUUCCUCCCCUAUACGCCGUCUGUCUUCUGCAAAGAUCAUCCAUCACCCUUGAUCUUUUCGGGUGCCCAUCAUCGCCCGUCAGCCCAUUAGUCCCAGCACCUCGCAUGAUACCCAGUACCAUGGCGACAACACAGACGACAGCCAUGGACGAUGACUUCAAUUUCAAGCGGCUCAACCAGCUUUGCCUUCCUCGGUGGGACAAUAGAAUCAACACCCGUACGCUGCGUCCGGAGAGACCCGAGUAUGCGAUCCUCAUGGAACUCCCAUCGAACGAAAAGUGGGCACGGGCGUUACGACAAAUCCAUGCAGCCAUCUGCCAUGCAGAAGGCUCGCUGGAUGGUUUCGUCAAGAAGAUGCUUGCCAAACGCUCUCCCUACCAUGCGGAGCAACCACUUCUCCAAGCCGUUGCGGCGAUACUGUAUGACCAAGCGUGCAGCAGUGAUUCGACCAGAGAGGCAGCAGAGACAGAACUUGGCCCCCCGAUACCAGAGGCAGAGCUUGGGCCCCUGAUGCCAGAGACCGAUACCUUUCACCUAAGCCUUCCAAUCGGGCCUCUUAUAGAGCAUAUGCUGCUCAUUGACUACGGCUUUGGGGUACAUCCGUUGCCAGGGUCGCUCUGGGUUGGGUACAUCCGUUCCCAGGAUCGCUCUGGAUGUCAGCCGAUAUUCUUUCGACACCUGUGGCGCCAUAUUCCUCCCUUCUGCAGGGCUUUGACCCUGUUUGCCGGCUACUUCAAGAGGGGUCAGGUUGUUGAUAGCAAGGUCUGGAAGUAUCUGGAUGAUUGCUUGUCAAUAUUCCGUCCGUUAGACUUGGGGGAUAUAGCAAUCAUGCUCUAUCAUUACGACACUCACCGCCAAGAACUCGAUCGCACGGAAUAUGAGAAGGGUUUGACAGGAUACACAGGGGUCAUGCAAGAAUUAAUCGACGAGGUGCCUGUGAGGGGGUCUGAUCGGCUGAUCCGUAAGCUGUCGGUCGACGUUAACGAGUUCAUUCCACAGCAUGUCCACGAUUCCAAGAUGAGGCAGAUGCUGCUUGCGGCAGCGAAGGACUUGGCAGCACAGCACGGCAUAUCGCUCUGCGCCCCAGAGGUCAACCGCAUACGUAAGCCUAUGUUCGAGAGGAGGUACAAGGAUGGGUUCCCUGUGCCGGAACAGAAGGGUUGGAUGGAGAGCCUGUCCGACUUCUUUUCCACAACCCCUGAUAAGUCCACAAGCACAGGACCAGCAGCCGAGUCUAGCAAGGAGAAGCUGAAAGCCGCCUGA